CACUAUUAUAAUCAGGCAGUGCAGAGUGCAGAGGGAGUGGCUGGGUGUCGGUGCUAGAAUAUUAGUUUAUAGCAGGAAACGCCCGGAUACACUUCACUUUUGCAUUCUCACUGUAGCCAUGGCUUACCCAGGACAACAACCAGUGUACUACCAAGGAGCGCAGUACGGCGGAGCACCUGGUGGACCAGCUUAUCAGGGACAACAUCAGGAUCCAUUGUAUGGCUACUUUGCAUCUAUUGCAGGACAAGAUGGUCAGAUUGAUGCUGAGGAGUUGCAGCGAUGCCUCACCCAGGCAGGAUUCUCUGGAGGCUAUAAACCUUUUAAUCUGGAAACCUGCAGACUUAUGAUCUCUAUGCUGGAUAGGGAUAUGUCUGGAAAGAUGGGUUUUAAUGAAUUCAAAGAGCUUGGUGUUGUAAUAAAUGGCUGGAAACAACAUUUUAUGACUUUUGACAGUGAUCGAAGUGGGUCUGUUGAUGGACAGGAACUGCAAAGGGCUCUCGGAACAAUGGGGUAUAGGUUAAGCCCUCAAGUACUUAAUAAUAUCACAAAAAGAUUCAGUUGCCAUGGGAAAAUUAGCUUUGACGACUACAUUGCCUGCUGUGUGAAACUUCGAUCUCUAACAGAUGCUUUCAGAAGAAGAGAUGCUGCUCAGCAGGGAAUUGUUAAUUUUCAAUAUGAUGAUUUCAUAAACUGCAUUAUGACCAUCUGAAACAAUGUGAAGAACAACUAUGAUUUGUCUGUAUAGUGAAGUUAAAAUAUGCAAGCAUCGUUUAACAUUUAUAGCUUCUCUAUUUUGUUUUGUUUAGUUUUUUUUUAAAAUAAAAAUACAGAUUGUAAUUGUAA